AAAGUAUUUGAAGGACACAUGACUAUAUAACAUAACCUGCAGAAUAUAACUGAAUAUAUAAAAGUAGUGUUAUUUUCACAUUUUUUAUAUAGUUUUUAAAUGCAUGUAAAGUCGGUUGCACGGCCGAUGCUACAUACUCCGGUACAGUAGGUGACGGUAAUGCACCUUUGAAGGCAUGGUCGUCACCAGCUUUUAAACCAGACGAGGAAGAAAAGGCAGACAACGAAGAAGACAAGGAUUCUGUGAAUGUCCUACAGCCAACAUCGAGAAGAAAUAUCGAUAUGAUUUCCGAAACCCUGUGUAUGACCCCAGUGGCUUUUGGCUUUUCGAAAUGGCUUCUCUGCGGACAUUUUAGCUGGUUGUCUGCAUGUGGAAAAAGAAGCGGACUACAUGCCCGACACUUCUCUGUCAGCCACAGCAUUGCGAGAAAAGCUUCAAGUCAACGGGAGCCCAAGGAAAAAGUGCACGUCCCAGGACUGGAUACGGUCACCUAUGGAGAAAAGAUGCACUAUGUCCCGUGGCUAGCUCAACCCAUUUAUUCCCAAUGGGAAAUGGAUUACAAGGAUCCCAGGUAUUUUAGGUCUCCUCCAAAACACGAGAUGCCUUUGUACAAAGAGAAGCCAUGUUAUGUGUUCAACCAGAGGACCAGCGCACUAGAAGGUGUUCGUCAGGCUCUCUGGUUAACCAAAAGCAAGGAAAUCUCUGGUUUGCCACCAGAGCUUCUCUCAACGGCAGAGAGGCCUGCUAAUCAGCUACCAAAUCAGGACAGUCGUGUUCAGAAUGCCAUCAAACAUGCCCGCUUCUGGGACACAACCGAGGAGCGACCAGAUGGAGUAAAAUACAGCAACACGCUCCUCUUCAAUCUGCUCCAUCUUUGUGCUACUCUACAGUCCAGUCAUCCACUGACUAGAAGGAGAAUGAGUGUUGAGAAAUGUUCAUUAGCAGUAUCAUGGAAAAGAGGCGACAACUUGUUCCAGAUUCGGGGUCAAAAUGCUUUCGUGUAUAACAGCAUGGAUGCCCUCCCAAGGGUUUCUGGAAUACAGCAAGUGUUAGACACAGCAGAUCACGCUCUUGAAACGUUCUAUCCUGUGUCGCCUACUGUGGACUUGCAGACAGUACAUGUGUACAAGGAGGAGGUGAAUUGCACAGGUUUUGGAGGUCAAUAUUUUUACCCUCAUGCCCACACACUUUACUUCCUGGAAGGAGAUGAUGUUCGCUGUAAGCUUAAACCAGAGCAGUUCAGAGCCAAGAUGAUCAUGUUCCUUUUUGGAUCUGCUCUGGCACAUGCACGGAAAUUGUUUGGGACCAAGACGAAGGGUGUGUUAGAUAAUCCUAUUACAAUACAGGGAGUCGGGACCAAUGGCAGAAUCUUCCAGUUCAUCGUUUUCCAGCUCAACACUACAGAUCUGAGAGGAGACGACGGCAUCAAAAACCAGGUGUGGCUGGAUGAAGAUGCAGAGCUCUACGAUUUUGCAAAAGUCAGACCACUCAUCGUCAAAAAGCAAGUGAAGGUACCAGCUGGUCUAGCAGGAUAUAAGCCAAAGACGUUCUCCAAGUUCCUUGCCUUAUACCUUCACGGUGCUGUAUAGACUCUCUGUACCAUCCAUGAGUCAAUAUUUCAGUGUCCACAAAGAAACAAGAAAAUUGUCAUGUCUCAAGACUCUCAUACCAUUAGGUAAUCUGAAACACCGCUAUGUGUGUAUACCUUUCACAUAAAAAUAAUAAAAACUGCCAUUUGGUUG